AUGGGUGCCCACAAGUAUCUCGAGGAGCUCAACAAGAAGAAGCAGUCCGAUGUGAUGCGCUUCUUGCUCCGCGUGCGCUGCUGGGAGGUACGACUUUCCGAUGACCCAUGAGCGGCAUAAAGCACUGCAGUUUCUGCACGGGCUUGUGUCUUGAUCGUACUCGUUGAACAUUUGCUGAGAGUACAUCAAUCUAGCUCCGCCAACUGAACGUCAUCCACCGCGCCUCUCGCCCAUCUCGCCCAGACAAGGCCCGUCGCCUCGGAUACAAGGCCAAGCAGGGCUAUGUCAUCUACCGCGUGCGUGUCCGCCGUGGUGGCCGCAAGAGGCCAGUGCCAAAGGGUGCAACCUACGGUAUGCUUGCAAUGAAAAGAUGGAGGAGAAGGUGGGCAAUGAUCUGACAUAUUGCAUAGGCAAGCCGACCAACCAGGGUGUGAACCAGCUCAAGUACCAGCGCUCGCUCAAGUCCACCGCCGAGGAGCGUGUCGGCCGCCGCUGCGCCAACUUGCGCGUCCUGAACAGCUACUGGAUCAACCAGGACAGCACCUACAAGUACUACGAGGUCAUCCUCGUCGACCCACAGCACAAGGCCAUCCGACGUGACGCCCGCAUCAACUGGAUCGUCAACCCAGUCCACAAGCAUCGCGAGCAGCGAGGUCUCACCGCCACCGGCAAGAAGAGCAGAGGUCUUAACAAGGGCCACCGCUACAACAACACCCGCGGUGGCAGACGCAAGACGUGGCGCCGCCAUGAGAAGCUCUCCCUUUGGCGCUACAGAUAG